GAAGCCGGGGUGUGUCCUUACAACCAGGGCCUUCUACUGUUUUCCUACUAUGCUCUGGGCAGCCCAGGUAUUAUUGGCUGUCUCGGGCCUCCCGUUUCCUGCACCAGAAGCUGGAGGUCAUAGUGCUGCCUGCCUUGAGACACUGCAGCAUGAAAGACCUGUCGGUGCCCAGGACAGUGGCUGCCACACCGAGGACAUCUUGACUGACCCACAGGAAAUGGACUUCCAGGGCAAGGGCUACACCUUCAGCGAGCCAUUCCAUCUGAUUGUGUCCUACGACUGGCUGAUCCUCCGUGGGCCGGCCCAACCUGUGUUUGAAGGGGACCCGCUGAUUCUACACUGCCAGGCCUGGCAAGACUGGCCACUGGCCCAGGUCACCUUCUUCCGAGAUGGUUCAGCCUUGGGUCCCCCUGGACCUCACAUGGAGUUCUCCAUCGCCGUGGCACAAGAGGAAGACAGCGGGCACUACCACUGCAGUGGUGUCUUCAAAAGCCCUGGUUCUGGAAGUCCAGAAACGGCCUCUUCUGUGGCUAUCACCAUCCAAGAAUUGUUUCCGGCCCCAGUUCUCAGAGCCACACCUUCAGCAGAGCCCACAGAAGGGGGCCCGGUGACCCUGAGCUGUCAGACAAAGCUGUCCCCACAGAGGUCAGCUGCCCGCCUCCUCUUCUCCUUCUACAAAGAUGGCAAGAUGGUGCGUGGUGGUGACCUCUCCCCAGAAUUCCAAAUCCCCAAGGCAUCCAGGGCUCACUCAGGGUCCUACUGGUGUGAGGCAGCCACUGAGGAUAGCCACGUGUGGAAACACAGUCCCGUGCUGGAGCUCAGGGUGCAGGGUCCUUCCAACCCUGCUGCACCCUCCAGCUUGAAUCCAGCUCCCCAGAAAUCAGCUGCUCCAGAAACCACUCCUACAGAGCCCCCCAGCUCUCUGCCUCCACCACCUGUCUCUUCCUCUGAGGACCCAGGCUUCUCCUCUCCCCUCCGAGUGCCAGACCCCCACCUGCACCACCAGAUGGGUGUUCUUGUCAAACAAAUGCAGGAUGUGAGAGUUCUCCUGGGCUACCUGGUGAUGGAACUAAGGGCUCUAUCCCAUCGCCUCAAGUUGGAGACCCCAGAGAGUCCUGCCAAGGACAUGUAA